AUGGCCGAGGGCUUCAACAAGGCAAUGGCCAACAGGUCGUUACGGACCAUCAAAACAGAACUCGAGUUCCUCCUCGAUGCCGAUGUCAUCUCUCAACAGCAAUUCGAAACCAUAUCCGCUCAGCUCCCAGCAAACGCAGCGGCUGGACGCACCGCCGUUACUGGUGCUGCGGUCUCUCCCGCCCCGACCCCAGAACCUCCGGUCAACCAGUUCCAAGCGAUGAAUGUUGCUCGUGAGCAGCCUCUGUCUGAGAAGAAGGGUGGAUACUAUGCUCAAGACCAACACUCGAACCCACCUCCUCCUGCCUACCAAACCCCGCCUCCAGCGCCCGUUGGACCCCCUGCCCUCGCAUACGCGAGCGCUCUCUACCAAUACAACGCCCAGGAUGCUGGAGAUCUUGCGCUCAUGCCAAACGACAAGAUUACUGUCACAGAGUACAUGAACAACGAAUGGUGGAAGGGUCGCAAUGACAGGACUGGUCAGGAGGGCAUUUUCCCUGCCAGCUACGUUCGUCGCGAUGACGCAAAGGCUAUGGCACCGCCUGUACAAAUGGCUCCCCAGCCAUCAAACUAUGGCAACAUGCCUCUUGACGUUAGUAACGGUGCUCAGCCAGCUCCCCAGCAAAAUGAGAGCGGUGAACCCAACAAGGGCGCUGAGAUGGGCAAGAAGUUUGGAAAGAAGCUGGGCAAUGCGGCUAUCUUUGGUGCUGGUGCAACCAUUGGUGGCAACAUUGUCAACAGUAUCUUCUAG